GAUAGCCAGCCUGCAAUGCCAGGGUGCACUCCAACGUUCUCCAGCUUCAAAGAGUUGAGGUUCCACCACCUAGGCCAGCUGUCAGGCUGCUGGGACAUGUCUGCGUGCCUCCCCUCAGGGACCAUCCCCCGCUGGAUCCCUCACACCCAGAGUCUCUGCAGACCAGCACAGGCCAGUAGGGGUCACCCACAGCACAACACAGCAACCAGUGUGGAUCCAGGGCCACAAGAGGGUACAGCACACCCACUACAUCACAUUGUGCUGCUUGCUGAGGCACCCCAGAAUCCUGUGUGUGCGAAGGCAUUCAAAAGCUUUGAACAACUGGCCCGUCAGGACGACGAGAGGAGGCAGCAGGAGCUUGUGGAGGAGAUGAGGAAAAGGGAGGAGGCAGCAGCGGCAGCUGAGAGGACGCAAGUGCCCGCCGUGGCUCAGGAAAUUGAGAUUGACUCAGCAGCAGAGCCUGCCGCUGGCCCAGAUGGUGGGGCAGCUGUCAGGCCUCAGGAGUCCACCGCAGCAGAGGAGCCAGCCGAAGCGGUGGGCAGCUCUCCGGUAGCAGAGCCCCCAGGAGCUGCUGCCCCCGUGGAGUCCCAGCCACCUGCAGUGCCCAAAUGGUGCCAGCUGGUCACCUGGAGGGACUCUGGACACAAGAGGCUUGGAUUUGGGAGACAGGAGCAGUUCCAGACCAACCCUGACAGCUACAACGGAGCCAUGCGGGAGAACUACGCCUGGUCCCAAGACUACAGCGACCUGGAGAUUAAAGUGCCGGUGCCCAAGCACAUUGUGAAAGGCAGGCAGGUGUCGGUGGACCUCAGCAGCAGCUCCAUUCGGGUGGCUGUGCUGGAGGGGAGCUGCCAGCGUGUCCUCAUGGAAGGGAGACUCACCCACAAGAUCAACACGGAGAGUUCCUUGUGGAGCCUGGAGCCAGGGAAAUGCAUCUUGAUCAGCCUGAGCAAGGUGGGGGAGUACUGGUGGAGCGCCAUCCUGGAGGGCGAGGAGCAGAUCGACAUCGAUAAGAUCAACAAGGAGCGCUCCAUGGCCACGGUGGACGAAGAGGAGCACGCCGUGCUGGACAGGCUGACCUUCGACUACCACCAGAAACUGCAGGGCAAGCCCCAGAGCCACGAGCGGAAAGUGCACGAGAUGCUGAAGAAGGGCUGGGACGUGGAGGGCUCCCCGUUCCGGGGCCAGAAAUUCAACCCUGCCAUGUUCAACAUCUCCCCCGGGGCCGUGCAGUUUUGAGGACGCCCAGCGAGGAAGGGAAAUCGGAUCGGAGGCCAAGGCCAGCGCCUGUGUGUGUAACCUGCUAGCGUGGGGGCUUCCCCCUCUGCCGCCCCCACCCCCGCGUGGCGCCCGGCCGCCCCUUGCUCCUCGGGCGCUGUUUGCAGACAGCUGGCGGGGCGGGGGCGGGGC